CCUGGACGAGAUUAAUCGAAUCCCCUCACUGAAAAUGGCUUCCAUUGACUUUAUAACGUUAACUGGUGACAGCGAGAAAAAACAAGCGGGAGAGAAAGCAGAGAGUGGCAAUGAAGUGGAAAACCAGGACCUGUCAGAGGAGGAAGGAGGCGCCGGGAAGGCAGAGGCCAGUUUGUCGAAGCUCAUGGUCACCGUGACCUCAGCUAAGACCAAGAAAAAGAAACACAGGCACCGCAGCAAACACAAGAGACACAAGCAGUCUUCACCUGAGGACAAGGAGCGACGCCACAAGCACCGGCACAAGCGCAAAAAGCACAAGCGUAAAGACAYCCCCUUGACUGACAGCUUCCCCACCGGGGGCGACGACAACGCUUUCCCAUACUCUUCCUCCGACAAGCCGCCGAGACUGGAAGACGAUGAGAUGGCGCUUCUGGAGGAGCUGGAGAAACAGAGGGCCCUGAUCCAAGCUGAGCUAGACAGGGAAAUGACUGAGGGUGGCAAGGGGGUACAGUCGGGCAUGGGGCUCAUACUCCAGGGAUACCACUCUGGGGAGGAGGAGGAGGAUGGGGAGAUUCAGGGGGAGAGGAUGUGCAACGGGCAGCACUUGCGGAGAGGGGCAACGGGGCCCGUAGCUGGCUCAGGCUCGCAGACUGCUAAAGACACCGGUAGAGUCCAGCGAGAGUCGACAGACGCCGGCAAAGCUAAACAGAACAAUCCAAAUAAAAACGUCAGGAACAGAAAGAUGGACGGCAAAACCAAGGAUCAGAUGAGCGGUCUGAGCACGUCCAGGGAUAGAGACAACAGGAGACAUUCCAGGAGUGCAGAUUGCUUCAAGGAAAGGGCACGGUCGUCCAAGUCUCCUCCUGGCACUAGCAACCAGCCUUCCCUGCCGGCUCAAAGCAGAGAGGCCCAAAACCAGGACAAACACAAGAAGGCGAUCAAGUCCCCCGCCAAGGACGCUUCCCCUGGGAAUGAGAACUGCUCUCCUGGCCUACGAGGGAGGCUGCCAUGCCCCGCCUCCCAGCUGCAGCGCAGCAAGUCCCCAUCACAGUCCCGGGACCCCCGGGCCUCCUCCGGAGCAGAACGACGGGCCAUGUCACCGCCACCACCCAGAGGGGGCCACCCGAGCUCCCCGGAGAGUCAAAGGAGAGAGGUGGACCGACUGAGACUCUCACCUGGCAGGAUUCGGAGCCAGGACGAAGCAGGGGGCCGUAGGGAUGCCAGCGCAGCUCUAGGUGCCCGGCGACGGCUCAGCCGCUCACCAUUCAGGCGGAGGUGUUGCUCUCCCAGGAGACGCAGCAGGUCUCCAUUCAGGAGGAGGUCAUUGGAUCGGGACAGGAUGGGACGGAGGCCGCAGUGGGGUUCCCGAUCCCAGGAGGGGAGGCAGAGACUGAGCCGGGACAGAGAGGACAAGUUCAAGGGCAGCCUCUCGGAGGGAAUGAAGGUCGACAAGGAGGKCUCUGAAGAUGAAGUGCUGGAAGAUUACGAUGUGGAUGAGGACGACGAGGAGGCUCUCAUCGAACAGAGGAGGCUACAGCGUCUGGCCAUCGUCCAGAAGUACAAGGGAGGGAACGAGGACAGUAACAUGUCGGAGCCCGGCAGCCCGCAGAGCAGCCAYCGCAGCCGCUCGCCCUCGCCAGACGACAUCCUGGAGCGCGUGACGGCCGACGUCAAAGAGUACGAGCGGGAAAACAUGGACACCUUUGAAGAAAACAUCAAGGCUAAGCACAACCUCAUCGAACAGGAGAAAGAUGAAGGAACCAACCCCAAAAAACCCUCCGCCCCCGACAUGUUUACUGAAUCGGAUGACAUGUUCGCCGCCUACUUUGACAGUGCAAGGUUUCGAGCAGCAGGUAUCGGGAAGGACUUUAAGGAGAACCCCAACCUCCGAGACAACUGGACAGACGCAGAGGGAUACUACCGACUCAAUAUCGGGGAGAAACUGGACAAGCGGUACAGUGUGUACGGCUACACGGGGCAGGGCGUGUUCAGCAACGUCAUCCGAGCCCGUGACGUGGCCCGCGCCAGCCAGGAGGUUGCUAUUAAGAUCAUUCGGAACAACGAGCUCAUGCAGAAGACUGGGCUCAAGGAGCUGGAGUUCCUGAAGAAACUCAACGAUGCCGACCCUGACGACAAGUUCCACUGCCUGCGCCUCUUCCGACACUUCUACCACAAGCAGCACCUCUGCCUGGUUUUCGAGCCUCUCAGUAUGAACCUGCGCGAGGUGCUGAAGAAGUAUGGCAAAGACGUGGGCCUCCACAUCAAGGCGGUACGCUCCUACAGCCAGCAGCUCUUUCUGGCCCUGAAGCUGCUCAAACGUUGCAACAUCCUUCACGCCGACAUCAAACCUGACAAUAUCCUGGUGAACGAGUCGAAAACCAUCCUCAAGCUCUGCGACUUUGGUUCAGCGUCGCACGUGGCAGAGAAUGACAUCACUCCCUACCUGGUUAGCCGGUUCUACAGGGCGCCGGAGAUUAUCAUCGGGAAGCCUUACGACUACGGCAUCGACAUGUGGUCCGUUGGCUGCACUCUGUAUGAGCUGUACACGGGCAAGAUCCUUUUCCCAGGGAAAACCAACAACCACAUGAUUAAGCUCGCCAUGGACCUCAAGGGCAAGAUGCCCAACAAGAUGAUCAGGAAAGGCGUUUUCAAGGACCAGCAUUUUGACCAGAACCUCAACUUCCUGUACACCGAAGUAGACAGAGUGACUGAAAGGGAGAAGGUGACAGUGAUGAGCACCAUCAACCCCACCAAGGAGCUGCUGGCUGACAUGGUGGGCUGCCAGCGUCUGCCCGAGGACCAACGCAAGAAGGUGGCCCAGCUCAAGGACCUGCUGGACCAGACCCUUAUGCUGGACCCGGCCAAGAGGAUCAGCAUCAACCAGGCCCUGCAGCACCCCUACAUCCAGGAGAAGAUCUUCUGAGCAUCUCCUACUGUACCACUCAGUCAUGCAUUGAUUGAUUGACACAUGCAGAAGCUAGUACUGAGUCCCUAGUUUGACUAUGGUUGGACCCCACCCCAGCCCAAGAAAUUGAUUUAUUUGAGCUGGCAGACUCUGCUGAUGGAGAGGAAGUAGUAUUAUCUUUCUUCCCCCGUUUGAACCACACACACACACACACACACACACACACACACACACACACACUCUCUCCCGUUUUUCAUCGAUCUUCUGGAUUGUAUAAAUAACCAUAGUAGGGCUCCUGGCAGAAUGCCUGCUGCACAGCAUAUGUUCAGUCUCAGCCUACCUGCAAGUCAGAUAGUUCUGUCUCCAUUAUAAGCCCUCUAUCUCAUGGACAGUAAGCCACUCGAGUUGGACUUUCAUCCAAUCACAUCUUCCAUUUUUUGAUUGGCCUCUUGCAGGUGACUGAAGGUGGAUGAUAUUUUUUGCUGUACAUUUUUUUUAAUUCUGAUUGGGUUAAGUAAAAUGUUAAUUCUGAUUGUUGGGACGGGUUAGUCAAAUGUUAAUUCUGAUUGGGUUAGUCAAUUGUUCAUUCUGAUUGUAGGGACGGGUUAGUCAAAUGUUCAUUCUGGUUGUUGGGAAGAGUUUUUGAGUUAACGGUCAUUCAUGAGUUGCCAAGGCUGUGACAAGCAGGGAGGGUAACCCAAUGCCCUUACCCUUUUGAAUGGGAUGUUCGUACAGUGAGUAGACUAAACUCCUGCAACCUUGGCAGCUCCUUUGACUUACUGUUACCUGUGAUGUGGUGCAGGGCCAGCAUAAAUGAUGUCUAUAUCCGCGUCUCUCCCAGGUAUUGAAAGCCCCGAGCGCUCCCCUACCCAGCCCGUCCCCACAUCCUGGUGUCUGUGCAGGUCCUGGUCCGCAUGCCCGUUCUGCUGCUGCCUGUAGGUCUGUCAGUGCCGAAAACCCAAACGGUUGGGGGGUCCUUGGGUUCUACUUGAGCACACCUGCAGGGAUGGCCCCUCAUGUUUAAAGCAGGUUGUAUACCACUUUCAGUACAUUGAAGGUAAGCUAUCCCCCCCGCCUAGAAAAAAAACUCAACUCAUCAACUUCAACUGGUUAUUACCUUUCUAUGUUUAUUGUUUUGAUAUAUUACACAUGGUUUUAGCCAGAUGUCCCUGUAGACAUGGUUUACCUUCCUCCAGGGUAUCUCUUACAUGUCAAGAAACAUGGUUUCUAUAAGACAACUAUAUAUUUCUUAAGCAUAAAACAAAUCACUAUGGCAAAGAUUGGAUUUAAAAAAAAUCCAAAUCAGUCACGCAUCCAAAUUGUAGAGAGGAAAUUGGAUCGGGGGGGGGGGGGCUUUAUCCAACAAGCUGUCACCUUCAGUGUACUUCCCUUAAUGCAACAGCUACGUUUUAUUUGCUCUACUGGGUAAUGAAUACCUUUUUAUUUUUCUCUCUCUCUGCGUUCCCUUUACGGUGUUACGAUGUUAGAAACUGUGAGGAUAGCGGUCUUGCUACGUACACAAAAGCAUGUGUUGAAAUUGUUUCUAGGUGUGUUCUCUCUAAAAAAACAAAAUAAGACUAUGUAAGUGUUUUGUUUCCCUCUGCUAUCUGUCAUUGGUUUUCAUGUUUUGUAUGACCAUGUUGUCUUUUGAUACAGGGAUAUUCCUGCACUGAGCUUUGAGUCUGCUUGUUAUGAGCGGUAAUUGCCUCUACUUUAUUUGGUGUUAUAUAUAUAUGUUCUCAUAGGACCAAAGCAGAAAUAAAACAGCCUGAAUGAGUAGCUAAUGCAGUAUGUAUGCCUUUUCCAUAAAAUGUCUUCCCUACAUACAAAUGCCAAUGUUCAGGCCCCUUAAAGUGUCAACAAUGAACUGAAAUGCGUUCUGUUUAAAAUCCACCAAACCUAAACUAAGAAUACUUUGGUGUUCAGCAACUUUUAGGCUGGAAUCCAAACUUGAGAUCUGUGCGCCAAAAGUUGACACGUACAGAUCAAAAGUUAGGAUUCGGGCCCUUACAUGCUAGAUUUAGUUCAAACCAAAGGAGCAGAAGACAACAUCAUUUUUGUGUGCUGUUUCACUGACGCUGAUUGUUUGUGCUGUUUUUCCCCACAAUGAUGUUUCCUGUGGUGGCUGAGAGCGAGACAGUCCAGCACUUCCUUCUCCAGCCCGGCCUCCACUUUCAGAGAGACAAGACCUCCACAAGGCCCCUUAUCAAGGUCAUUUCUGAUGGCAUGUGUAGAUACUAAAAGCCGUAAGCUAUAGAAAUAAAUAGUCGCAAACUCGUAUAACUCCCAGUGACUCUAUUUAGUUGUAUAGCUCCCAGUUAAUUUGCCGAUAGUCAGCACCUCUACACUAAUGUUCUCUGGGGGUGCUCCAGCUUUUUAUUAGAUACUAAAAGCCAACAACACUGGGGGUAAUGUAAAAUACAAUAUGGGGAAUUCAUUUUGCUUACUGUUUUCCGGGAAGGCAUUUGUCAUAGACACUCACCCACACUCAACCAUUAAAAAGUUGUGGUUCCAAAUGUUUCCUUCUCACAAAAUGUUAAGGCUUGAUCGUUGUAUUCGUCUACACAUGACCGACACUUUCUGGUUAACAAAGUGUCAUUCCAAGAUGCACAUGUACCUGAGUGUGUUUGGUUACGCAUAUGGCUCUAAACUGGUUCCAGAUUGCCACAAGGCGUCAGGUAGCUUGACUUGUAACUGUCAAAGUUGAACCACCAGGCGUCAGGUAGCUUGACUUGUAACUGUCAAAGUUGAACCACCAGGCGUCAGGUAGCUUGACUUGUAACUGUCAAAGUUGAACCAAAAUACUUGUUCAUUAUUUCUCUAUAUGUUCUAGGUGCCGCCCUUUUAGAGAAGAGUCUCGCAAGGAACCUCCUCUGGACAAAGGGUAAGUCAGAACUUCUCUUCCCUGCCUUGGUUCCUUCAGUCUCCUCUUUCUGCUUUGGUGCCCAUGUAAGACUCCAGACCAGAGACAUGUUCAACGAAUGAGCCCUGUGGAUAUUUCUUCGGAUAGAAAAUGUUAAAACAGAAAUGUAUAUCUAUUUUUUUUAUAUGUAUGUCACACAUUUGUCUACAUCCUUUAUUCAAUGUAAUCCAACCCAAAUGACUGUACACUACUGUUUCCUUAUGAUGUAACAUCAAAUGUGCAGAUUCUGUCCUUUAUUGAGAACGUAACAACUUGUGUUCAUUUGUGUAUUAAUAUAAUAAACAUACGGGACUAUCAGAAGA